AGUAUAUUUCUUUCGGUGAACAUUUUGAGUUUUUUGAGUUUGAGUUCAAAUCAAGAAAUACACACAGAUUGAGAAACCAACAGCAAAACCCAAAUUAUGCAAACCCGAGAAGAAAGUUUUGGAAAUUGAGGCAAAUGUUUCCCCUAAGCUCGAGGCACAAAUCUUAUUACAACCUUGACAGUUUCAAACAAAACCAAUUUUUUUCUUCAUCACCACCACCUCUCUUGUUUUCUUUAACUUUCUUAGCCACCCUUUUCGCUGCCGCUGUGGCCGCCACCGCCACCAGCCAUGAGGGUUCUGUACUGUUUUCAUGGCUGCACAGCCCUUCUUCUUCUUCACCUCCACCACCUUUUUCGAACUGGAAUGUACUUGAUCCUACACCAUGCAAAUGGAAUUACAUAACAUGCAAUUCAAGAGGGUUUGUUACUGAAAUCAAUAUUCUAUCAAUCCCUCUUGAGCUCCCUUUGCCGUCAAAUCUUUCAUCGUUUAUAUAUCUUGAGAAACUGGCGAUUUCUGAUGCAAACAUCACUGGAAUUAUUCCACCAGAAAUUGGUGAUUGUACUGCACUCAAAGUCAUUGACUUGAGCUCAAAUGGUCUUGUGGGUAUAAUCCCUUCAAGCAUUGGGAAGCUUCAAUCCCUUCAAGAUUUGAUUUUGAACUCAAAUGAAUUAACUGGGAAGAUCCCAGUUGAGCUAUUCAAUUGUCAAGGCCUAAAGAACCUUUUGCUUUUCGAUAAUAAGCUUGAUGGAAACUUACCAUCAGAGUUAGGCCAAUUAUCGAGUCUGGAGGUUCUCCGGGCCGGCGGUAACAAAGAUAUCGCUGGAAAAAUCCCCGAUGAGCUCGGAAACUGCAGCAAUUUGACAGUUUUAGGCCUGGCUGAUACGCGGAUUUCAGGUUCUUUACCGGCCUCGUUGAGUAAUCUCAAGAAGCUGCAGACAUUGUCCAUAUACACCACAAUGCUCUCUGGUGAAAUCCCACCUGAAAUAGGUAACUGCUCUGAGCUUAUGAACUUGUAUUUGUAUGAGAAUAGUCUCUCUGGUUCAAUUCCAAAAGAGAUUGGCGAAUUGUCAAAGUUGGAAAAAUUGUUAUUAUGGCAGAAUAAUUUUAUUGGGGAAAUUCCAGAUGAGAUUGGGAAUUGCACCAAGUUAAUUUCUAUAGAUUUGUCCUUGAAUUCUUUGUCUGGCAUUAUACCUUGGUCUAUUGGUGGUUUAGUUGAGCUUGAAGAACUAAUGCUGAGUGAUAAUAAUGUGUCUGGUUCAAUUCCUACUGUUCUUUCAAAUGCUAGAAGUCUUGUUCAAUUGCAGUUCGACACUAAUCAGAUCUCGGGUUUGAUUCCUUCUGAGCUAGGAAAAUUGUCAAACCUGGAAGUGUUUUUGGCUUGGCAGAACCAGCUUGAAGGGAGCAUUCCUUCAAGUUUGGCUAGUUGUAGCAAUCUUCAAGCAUUAGAUUUGUCUCACAAUUCACUCACUGGUAUUGUGCCUCCUGGUUUAUUUCAACUGCGAAACCUCACUAAGCUUUUGUUGAUUUCUAAUGAUAUCUCGGGGUCGAUACCUUCAGAUAUUGGUAACUGCAGUUCCCUAGUUAGACUUAGACUUGGAAACAAUCGGAUCACGGGUGGAAUUCCUAAAGAAAUUGGAGGGUUGAAGAGCUUAAAUUUUCUUGAUUUUUCUGGAAAUCGACUUUCCGGGCCAUUGCCUGAUGAAAUUGGAAGUUGCACAGAGUUACAAAUGUUGGACCUAAGUAAUAAUACAUUAGAAGGUCCCCUGCUUAACUCCCUAUCAUCUCUAUCUGGGCUUGAGGUUCUUGAUGUUUCAAGUAACCGCUUUUCUGGUCCUAUUCCAGCAAGUUUUGGCCGUCUUAUUUCAUUGAGCAAGCUAAUGUUGAACAAGAAUUCGUUCUCUGGAUCAAUACCUCCAUCAAUUAGCCUCUGUUCCAGUCUCCAACUACUUGAUCUUAGCAGCAAUCAGCUUUCUGGCAGCAUUCCUGUGGAGUUGGGUAAAAUUGUAUCUCUUGAAAUAGCUCUCAACCUGAGUUGGAAUGGACUCACCGGAGAAAUCCCAGCCCAAAUUUCUUCACUCAACAAGCUUUCUAUAUUUGACAUUUCGCACAACAAGCUUCAGGGGGAUUUGAGUUCUCUUGCUAACCUAGAUAACCUCAUCUCUCUCAAUGUAUCUUAUAACAAUUUCACCGGUUUUCUUCCUGACAACAAGCUCUUUCGCCAGUUAGCAUUAACGGACCUGGCUGGAAAUCAAGGCCUAUGUGCUUUCGGGAGGGACUCAUGUUUCUUGGGUAAUGCUAAAGGACUAGGAGCGGCGAAACAAGGGAGUGAGAUGAGAAGGUCGAGGGUGUUCAAAUUAGCAAUUGUAUUGCUCAUUGCUAUGACAAUUGUGAUGGUGAUAAUGGGAAUAAUUGCAGUAAUUCGAGCUCGUAGAACUAUUAGAGGUGAUGAUGAAUCGGAGAUUGGAGAUUCAUUGCCUUGGCAGUUCACUCCAUUCCAGAAACUCAACUUUUCGGUACAAGAAGUAUUGAGAUGCCUUGUAGAUUCCAAUGUGAUAGGAAAAGGAUGUUCGGGUGUUGUCUACCGUGCGGAUAUGGACAAUGGGGAAGUCAUAGCCGUGAAGAAACUAUGGCCCACAGCAAUGGCCGCAACUAAUGGAUGCAACGAUGAAAAGUCUGGCGUUCGUGAUUCCUUCUCAGCAGAAGUGAAAACGCUCGGUUCAAUUCGCCAUAAAAACAUUGUCAAGUUCUUGGGUUGCUGUUGGAAUAAAAACACGAGAUUGCUCAUGUAUGAUUAUAUGCCUAAUGGGAGUUUAGGCAGUCUUCUACAUGAGAGGAAUGGGACACCUCUGGCUUGGGAGCUGAGGUAUCAAAUUUUGUUAGGGGCAGCUCAAGGACUUGCAUAUUUACACCAUGAUUGUGUGCCUCCAAUUGUCCAUCGAGACAUCAAGGCCAAUAACAUUCUCAUUGGUCUUGAAUUCGAGCCUUACAUUGCGGACUUUGGCCUUGCGAAGCUUGUCGAGGAUGGUGAUUUUGGUCGGUCUUCAAAUACAAUUGCAGGUUCCUAUGGAUACAUUGCCCCUGAAUAUGGCUGCAUGAUGAAGAUCACAGAAAAGACUGAUGUCUAUAGCUACGGCGUCGUUGUAUUGGAAGUCUUAACCGGAAAACAAGCAAUUGAUCCAACGAUACCUGAUGGACUUCACAUAGUUGAUUGGGUGAGGCAGAAAAGGGGAGGACUCGAAGUUCUAGAUCCAAGUUUGCUAUCCCGACCCGAAUCCGAGAUUGAGGAAAUGAUGCAGGUAUUGGGCAUAGCCUUAUUAUGCGUAAACUCAUCGCCCGAUGAAAGACCUACUAUGAAAGAUGUGGCUGCAAUGCUCAAGGAAAUCAAGAAUGAAAGAGAAGAGUUUGCAAAAGUAGAUGUCCUCCUCAAGGGCUCUCCCACACCAGAAAAUCACGAAAAUAAGAACUCGACUGGAGUUCUGGCGACCUCAUCGUCAAACCCGCCAAUGCAAAGCUUGUACCAGGGAAGCGUCAACACGAGCUUCUCGGCUUCAUCAUUGUUUUACUCAUCUUCUUCUAAUAUCAAAAUGGGGUUCAAGUGAAUAAUACUUUGUAUUAAUAAACAUAGAAAGGGAUUAAAUUCGACAUUUAGCAUCUUAUAUUA